AUGGCUCUCACUGAAAAGCCAAGUCAGCCAAAUGCCGUUAAAAUCAAGAGCAACUUCCAGCAGCCUUACCUUCUAGAGACGAGUCACUUCGCUUUCCCAAGCACCAGCAAGUCAAGCCAAAUCUCAUCAGCACAGAAACCAUACAAACCGAGCCAGAAGAGAACGAAUCACUCCAAUGCCGAAAUCCAAAUGUCCGUCCCAUACUCCCCUCUCCCUGCCCGAGAUCCCGCCUCCGAUAGAAUCGUAUCCCACAGGCCGGCCGCAUGUAUACCGGUGUACGAGUGA